CAUUUCCCCUCCCCCUCCCCCCACUCCCCCGUGCUGCUGUUGUGCUCAACCUUGGCUUCCUUAACGCCCCUGCAUUGCGAUCCUGUAGAGGAUACUCCUGAGCGCACUCACUUGUCAGCGGACAUCAAGGCCGUGGGCCUGCCGCGUACCAACUCUACGGCAGAGUUCGCCCCACUCGGUGACGACAAAGAGGUUGAGUACUUCUUCGCCUCCGACGCUUCUGCUAUCGUCGAGCACACCGACAGAGUCAUCUAUCUUCUCACNCUCACUGAGCUCCCCGUCAUGAUCGACCUCGCGUCUGACUUCCUCGACAGGAACACGCCUAUCUUCAGGGACGACGUCUGCUUCUUCAUCUCUCAGUCCGGCGAGACUGCUGAUACUCUCAUGGCGCUGCGUUACUGCAAGGCACGCAACGCUCUCAUCGUUGGCGUGACCAACACUGUGGGUUCAAGCAUCUGCCGCGAGUCUCACUGCGGCGUGCACAUCAACGCAGGUCCUGAGAUCGGCGUGGCCUCCACCAAGGCCUACACCAGCCAGAUGAUCUCCCUCGUCAUGUUCGCCCUCAUGAUGGCAGAAGACAGGAUCUCUUCUCAGCCACGGCGCUCUGAGAUCAUACAAGGACUCAAGAAACUCCCCGAGCAGAUCAAGGAGGUCAUUAUCUCAAAUCGUAAUUUUCAGAAAACGAUGAACGCCAUCCAGCAAGUGACGGCCAGAGAAGGCCGCCCCAUCAUCAUCUGCAACACCGGCGACGACGAG